CUCAUCCCCAAGAGCGCAGUCCAGCACAGGGACCCAUCUUUCGCGACGGCAAGCCAUCAUCAUCAACACCGCGCCUGACCCCUCCCUGCCACCCAGUCCAUUCGGAACGGUAGCUUGCAGCCUCCUGGAUUGAAUGUUCCUUCAGCACUGGUCGCUGCACAUCUUGAAUUGUCUGGAUUAGAGCUGUAUUCGGCGCUAUAUCGACUACCAGCGCCAUUCCUGCAUCAAAUUCACCUGCAUCCCCAGCCCUGAACCCCAUUCAUCACCAUGGAGGAGGAGAACGUCAGCUACGGCACCCCUGCCAAUGGCGCAUCGCCUGGCAGCAACCCAAUUCUUGCGCAACCACCUCUGGCAGAUGUGAAUCCUAGCGAAGAUGUCCAAAUGGGUGAAACCACAUCCACUGAGCCACAAAUCAAACAAGAUAGCACCACACCAGCACCAGUCGCCGCUUCAGACAACCCUCUCGAUGCCCCGGAAGGCCCCGCCCCAGACAACGUUACUGCCCAGGAUGAGGAUAUGGUUGAUGCCGAGGGUGAAUCCAAGGGGGACCAGCCCAAGGAAAGCGAGGCAAACGGCGAGAGCACCGUCGGAAAGACCAAGGAGGCCAUCGAGAAUGCCGCGCGCGAACACCUCAUCUCCCAAAAGCACUCCAUCAUCUUGCCCAGCUACAGUACCUGGUUCGACAUGAACGUCAUCCACACCACCGAGCGAAAAGCUCUACCUGAGUUCUUCAACAAUCGUAAUCGAAGCAAAACUCCAUCUGUCUACAAGGACUACCGCGAUUUCAUGAUCAACACCUAUCGCCUCAACCCUGCCGAGUACCUCACAGUCACAGCUUGCAGACGGAACCUUGCUGGCGACGUUUGCGCCAUCAUGAGGGUUCACUCCUUCCUUGAGCAAUGGGGCCUGAUUAACUACCAGGUCGACCCAGACCACAGGCCGUCCCCGACCGGCCCACCAUUUACUGGUCACUUCAAAAUAAUCUGUGACACACCCAGAGGUCUCCAGCCGUGGCAGCCGGCAGCAGAUACCGUUGUCGCUUCGGGCAAGGCCAAUGCUGAUACUGAGGCCAAGGCCAAGGCUGGCCCAGUGCCCAAGAGCGAACUGAACCUGGAGGUUGGUCGCAAUAUUUAUGAGGCCAAUGCUAAGGGUGCAAAACUCAACAAGAGCGAGGGCAAGACCAACGGUGACGGACCAGCGACUAACGGAGUGUCGGGGACGCCGUCUGACGAGCUCACCAAGGCACCCAUCGCAAAGGUCAAUUGCCAGACCUGCAGUGCCGACUGCACACGAAUCUACUACCACAACAAUUUCGUUGAUUCCGCAUCAAACACCAAGAAGAGCACGGACAUCUGUCCGAGCUGCUUUGUGGACGGUCGAUUCCCAGGAAACCAGUUGGCUACCAACUACCAGAGGAUGGAAAAUCCCACUUACUCGACAACGCUCGAUAGAGAUGCGCCCUGGACGGACUCGGAGCUGUUGCGGUUGCUAGAGGGCCUGGAGAGGUUCGACGACGACUGGAAUGAGAUUGCAGACCACGUCGGCACCAGGACUCGUGAGGAGUGCGUCCUUCAAUUCCUGCAACUCGACAUCGAAGACAAGUACCUCGAGUCAGAAAACUCGCUUGCGGCCCCCAUCGGAGUCUCGAUGCUGGGAAGCCAAGGUGGGCAGCUGCCAUUCAGCCAGGCUGACAACCCGGUCAUGUCGGUUGUGGCGUUCCUAGCCAGUCUAGCAGACCCUGCCAGCGCUGCCGCGGCCGCUAGCAAGUCCGCGGAGGAAUUGCGACAACACCUCCGGGGCAAGCUCGAGUCAAGUGGUGCUCUCGACGAGGGCUCCGAUGCGAAGGGUAAGGGCAAGGAGAAGGAGAAGGAAGGCGAUUCGAUGGAGGUCGAUAUUCAGCAGGAGACCACGACGACCACGACCACGACCACGACAACCACAACGAAGACCACCGCGCUCGCAAACAUCCCGCUGGCGACAAUCGGGGCGCGUGCCGACGGACUGGCCUCUCACGAGGAGCGCGAAAUGACGCGAAUCGUGUCGGCGGCGGUCAACAUAACCCUGCAGAAGAUGGAGCUCAAGAUGAAGUUCUUCAACGAGAUGGAGGCGAUCCUCCAAGAAGAACGGCGCGAGCUGGAGCGGGGCCGGCAGCAGUUGUUCCUAGACCGUCUGGCCUUCAAGAAGCGAGUGCGCGGUGUGCAGGACGAGCUGAAGGCGGCAGCCCUCGCCGGCGGCGAGCAGGGUGCCAGGAUGGCACAGGAUGUGUCGAUGGAUGGCGACAAGCUGAGCCUGCAGGCGACAGCGGUCGGCAGCAGCGUGCAGCCGUUGAGCAGUGGGGGCCAGAUCAAGAGCUACGAGGCAUAGAGCGUCACGGAUAGCUACGAUUGGCACCACCAAGAUCAACGGGUUUCACCUCGGGUCUGAGACGAAGAUGCUCGCCUGCAGGCACGACUGUUGUUUUUACUCUAUUUUCCCCCAACCAAUCAUCUGACUGGGUUUUAUUGGACGAAUCGGAGAGGCGUCAAGUGGGUCGGCGAUGCGCAGAAUCGCAUUCCAACAUUAUUACUUUUUUUUUCUUUGCCUUGAGAUGAUGGGAAUGGUUAUUGUAACAAAAGCUGCCUAUGCUGUCCAGGAUGAGAAACGGAGGGGUCAGAGAGGUCGAAGUGGAAGCCUUGAGAGAAUAGAGACUCUAAUUGCAAUGACCGAUUUGGAAGA